AUGUCUAUCGGCGUGGCCAUCAUCGGCAGUGGCCUCUUUGCGAAAGAGCAGCACCUACCCGCAGUCCAAGCUGCCUCAAACUUCCAACUUAAGGCCAUCUAUUCUCGCUCCUUGAAGUCAGCCCGGGAGCUCGCCAGCGGCACGUCCGAAGUUGAUCUCUACUCUGAAGACUCAGGCUCUGGCAAGUCCUAUAUCGACCUACUGGCUCGGUCAGAUAUCGGUGCUGUGGUCAUUGCCCUUCCUAUUCUGGUUCAGCCGGAGUUCAUUCGGAAAGCACUGCUCGCUGGCAAGCACGUCUUGUCCGAGAAGCCCAUCGCUAAGGAUGUUGCCACUGCCCAGGAACUUUUGAAAUGGUACAAGAGUAAUAUCGAUACCAGCAAGGUCUUCUGGGCCGUCGCCGAGAACUUCCGUUAUAUGACGAAGUUCCUCUUCGCGGCCGAGCAAGUCCAAAAGCUGGGCAAGGUCCAGAACUUCCGGGUGAACGUUCACAGCCUGAUGGAUAAAGGAAACAAGUACUUCCAUACCGCCUGGCGCAAGACUCCUGAGUACCAGGGCGGAUUCCUUUUGGACGGUGGUGUGCACAUGACUGCUGCGUUGCGCCUGAUUCUAGGUCCCACGGAGCGCCUUAGUAUUCUGUCGGCGCAGUCGCAGCUGCAGCAAUCAUUCCUGCCACCGGUUGAUACAGUGGAUGCCGUCGCGAAGACUGAGUCUGGUGCUACGGGCGUUAUCUCCUUGUCGUGGGGAUCGUCCUUUAAUAACCAGAUUUUCGAGUUUGCUUGCGAGAAAGGUGUUGUCACCUUGAACUUCGAUGAUGUGAUAGUCAACGGCGAGAAGCACCAUGUUGAGUUUGAUGGCAAGGGUGUUGUGCCAGAGGUGGCGGAGUUUGCAAACUCAAUUGUGAGUGGAAAACCUGACAAUAGACAGUCUCCCGAGGAAGCAUUGGCAGAUCUGGAGAUCUUGGAGCAGAUGUUGCGGAGUGGCGAGAAAGAUGAGAAGUUUUCGAGAUUGAACUCCGACCCGACAACUCUCGAACGCCCGGCGAGACCCAGCAAUACCGACAAGAUGGCCGCCGCUAAGCAGCACAUCCCUAUCGUGAAGAAGCGCACGCACCGCUUCAACCGUCACCAGUCUGACCGGUUCAUGCGCGUUGGCGCCUCGUGGCGCAAGCCCAAGGGUAUUGACAACUGCGUUCGUCGCCGUUUCAAGGGCCAGAUGGCCAUGCCCUCCAUCGGUUACGGUUCCAACAAGAAGACCCGCCACAUGAUGCCCUCCGGCCACAAGGCUUUCCUCGUCCAGAACGCCAAGGACGUUGAGCUCCUCCUCAUGCACAACCGCACCUUCGCUGCUGAGAUCGGCCACGCCGUUUCCUCCCGCAAGCGUGUCGAGAUUAUCGAGAAGGCCAAGGCUCUCGGUGUUAAGGUCACUAACCCCAAGGGCCGUGUCACCACCGAGGCAUAA